AUGGCGGCUCGGCCCGCCCUCUACUUUCCCUCUUUCUCCUCCUCUUCUCCUGCCCUGUUCCCACCCCCGUCCCGCCCUAUUCCCUCCCCGUUCCCGGCCGCCCGUCCCGGAAGCCCUCGCGCUGCGGCCAUGGCGCUGUGCGGGCGGGGCUGGGCGCGCUGUGCCCGCGGGCUGCGGCUCGGGGCCCUGCCGCGGCCCGGGCUCUGCGGGGCCCGCGGCGUGCGGGGCUCCAACCCCUUCACCCGGCAGCAGGAGGAGGAGUGGCGCCGCCGGAACCGCUCGGCCGUGGGCUACAUCGCGGCGGCGGCCGUGGGCAUGGUGGGGCUGUCGUACGCGGCCGUGCCGCUCUACCGCCUCUACUGCCAGGCCACGGGGCUCGGCGGGACGGCGGGCACGGGGCGCGGCGCGGAGCAGAUCGAGCGCAUGGAGCCCGUGCGGGACCGGCUCAUCAGGGUCACGUUCAACGCCGACACGCACGCCAGCAUCCAGUGGAACUUCAAACCGCAGCAGAGCGAGAUCUACGUGGUACCAGGAGAGACUGCACUGGCAUUUUAUAAAGCAAAAAAUCCUACUGACAAACCAAUAAUUGGAAUCUCCACCUACAACGUUGUCCCCUUUGAAGCAGGACAGUAUUUCAAUAAAAUACAAUGUUUUUGUUUUGAAGAACAGAGGCUAAAUCCUCAGGAGGAAGUGGACAUGCCUGUCUUUUUCUACAUUGACCCAGAGUUUGCAGAGGACCCUAAAAUGGCUAAAGUUGAUUUGAUCACUCUCUCUUACACCUUCUUUGAAGCAAAGGAAGGACAGAAGUUGCCACUUCCUGGGUAUCAGUAACAGGCCUUCUCUACAAAAUCUGACUUCUGCUACAUCUGAGUGCCAGUUUUGAUGUCAUUCUUCCUUGGAAGAAAAAACUGCAGGAGUACUGUGCAGUAUGAAAUUAUGUUAUUAAACCUCCAUGGGCACAUCCUGUUAUUAAAGUAUAUGUAUAUAUAUA